AUGGCCCAGGAAAAAGAUAUCGAAAGCACGCCUGUUUCAUCGGUCCCGUCUGAUGCCGGUUUCGUUGUUUCUUUUAUCGACGAUGAUGACCCUCGCAGUCCGAGAAGCAUGUCCACAGCACGAAAGUGGUUUAUUGUGGUUAUUGUCGCCAUGACGAGUACGUGUGUUGCGUGUACCAGCUCCCUGUAUUCAGGCACAUACGCGCAGAUUGAGAAGGAAAUGCACGUCAGCAAAACAGUGGCAACGCUAGGAUUGAGCAUGUUUGUCGUUGGUCUCGGAUUAAGUCCGAUGGUGUUGGCGCCAUUGAGCGAGUUCUACGGCCGCAAACCCGUCUACGUCGUCUCGAUGUUUUUCUUCGUCAUCUGGAUGAUUCCCUGCGCUGUCGCUCGCAACAUCCAAACAUUACUGGUUGCGCGAUUCCUCGAUGGAUUUGCCGGGGCUGCCUUUCUCAGUGUGGCCGGCGGGACUGUGGGCGAUAUGUUCUCACGAGAUAAACUCCAAGCCCCGAUGAUGAUCUAUACAGGGAGUCCUUUUCUGGGACCGGAGUUAGGCCCGAUUCUGGGGAAUUUCAUCAAUUACUACACCAACUGGCGAUGGUCAUUCUAUACCCUCUUGAUCUGGGCAUUUACGCAGUGGCUGCUGAUCUUCUUCUUCGUCCCGGAAACGUAUCAUCCUGUUCUUCUGCGCAAGGAAGCACAGAAGCUGCGUGCAGAAACGGGGGAUGAGCGAUACCAUGCGCCGAUUGAAAAGAUGGAUCGGUCAAUUACGCAGACAAUUCUUCGCUCGUGUUGGCGUCCCUUUCUCCUCCUUGCCUUGGAGCCAAUGUGUCUGUGUCUGUGUCUCUUCUGUUCUGUCUUGUUAGGAGUGCUAUAUCUCUUCUUCGGAGCAUUCGGGCUCGUCUUCCAGGAUAAUCACGGCUUUAAUCUCUGGCAGGUCGGACUGUGCUUUAUCGGGAUGAUCGUGGGGAUGGUUAUUGGGAUUGGUACUAAUCCUCUAUGGCACAAGAAAUACGUCAAGCUCGUCAAAGAAUGCGAAGAACGAACAGGUAUCAAAGGUGCUUCUGAGCCCGAGUUUCGUCUUCCCCCUGCGAUUGGCGGUGCCCCGUUGGUUACUAUCGGGUUGAUGAUAUUUGCCUGGACGACAUAUCCCUCCGUCCACUGGAUCGUCCCUAUCAUUGGAAGCGCCAUAUUCGGUUCUGGCGUGAUAAUGGUCUUUUCCGGCGUCUUCACCUUCCUGGUAGACGCGUACCCUCUCUACGCAGCCUCUGCACUCGCAGCAAACAGUUUCGCGCGGAGUAUGUUUGCUGCUGCGUUUCCGCUGUUCGGGACGGCGAUGUUCCAUAAACUCGGAUAUCAGUGGGCGUCCUUUCUUGUCGCGAUGAUUACGUUGGCUUUGGCGCCUUUUCCGCUUGUCUUUUUUAAAUAUGGAAAGGAGAUUCGCAAGAGGAGUCGGUAUGCUGGGGGGAAGUAA